GGUGCCGCAUUCUUGAACCUGACUCGUCCCCUAUAGUGUGUUCUUGCCAUGUUAACAUCUGCGCCUUUGGCCCGCGGAGCGGCCCGCGCGCUGGGAGCUGCAGCCCUUCGCCCCUCCUCGCACCGUGGCUUCGCCUUCCCGCGCGGUGCGCCGCGCGCGCGCCAAAGGCGCGCCCUGGCGCUGGCCGCACUGGGCGGCGCCGCGGCGCGGCGCAGCGCUGUGCAUGUGGUGUCGGCAUGCAACGAGUAUAGGCAAGAGACCUUAGUGCUGGAGCGCAGUGCGGAAAAGCACGGCUACUCCUUUCACGUGGUGGGCCUUGGACAGCCCUUUACCGGGGUUGGCAUGAAACUCUUCCUCUACGACAAGGCGCUGAAGGAGUUGGUGGGGCGCCAGAUCCCGGCCAACGAGCCCGUGCUGCUGCUGGAUGCCUGGGACACCAUUUUGCUGGGCCCUGCAGAGGAGUUCGCAGAGAAGCUCCACAGCAUGGGCGUCCUCAGCGACAACCUGGUGCUCUGCGGCGCAGAUCGAAUCUGCGCGCCGGAGUACAAGCUGGCGCCCAAGAUGGAGCGGUACUUCCCGGGCAUCCGCACUCCCUGGCGGUACCCCAACUCGGGAUGCAUCACCGGCACAGGGGCGGCGGUCACAGCCUUCAUGCACGGCCUGGUGCACGGCACCGACGAAGGCGGGAGCUACAGCGACCAAGAUGAUGACCAGCUGAGGGUCCAGGAGUUCCUGCUCAAUUGGCAGGCACUGGGGGUGCGAUACCCUUUUCGCCUGGACCAUGAGUGCCAGAUCUUUCAGAACAUGGGGGAGCCCUACUGCGGCUGGGACUUCGAGCGUCGGGAGAGUCCGCGGCUCCGGAAUUCCUCCACAGGCCACCGGUUUCUGGUGGCCCACGGCUGCGGUGGCCAUGGCCGCUGGUUUCUCAGCGACGUAUACCGAGAGAGCUGGAGCUUUUGGAGUUCCUGCAGCUGGAUCCUCAGGAGUUGGCCUCGCUGCCUUACGCGGGCCUGGUGCCGCCAGGGGCCAAGGUUACGGAGGAACACUGGGUGGACCAACCGCCCUGGGACUUUCCCUUCCAGGCGUUUGAGGUCAUCCGAAAUGCCACUCUUCGGGAGGAAGCGAUGGACGAGUCCGGCUGAUGGAAAAAGACGACGCCGGAGGGAUCAGGUUGCAUAGAGG